GCCGCACAGGAAUCCAGCGGCGAAGUCUUGCGCUAUAAUUUCUGUAGUCGCGGAGGCCCGCAUGAAAAGUUCCUUCUGACGCGCGCUCGACUGAUGUGUCUAGCGUCAUCGUUAUACGUGAACACUUCCAAAGCCCUGGUGGCAUCGAGUGUACUAUCAUCUCGUUACUAUCAAAACUUCCGGUGUACGCUGCUUAGGAAUAGCGGGCUGUUCAGGCAGUUCAGGUGCGCGCGUGCGUAGUUGUGGUUGUGUGCUUGAUAGUGUGCAUGUCAGACUAACGACGAUUCCAAUGGAGCCUGCCGCCAAAUCCCAACUAGUGGUGCCUAUCAACUUCGACAGUGAAUGGUCCACGCCGAGCGGGCUCGAGGUGCGCGUUGAUAAAGUGCACACGCGCUUUCAGAGUUACCAAGUCGCCGAUGGAGAUGACUGCGCGGACUUGGACGCCGAGUGGCUGGAUUUCGCCCGCGACCACCCGGACUGCGCAGACGACAUCGGCGUCUUUUUGGAACCAAACUUUGAGGCUUUUCGGAAAGUUGAUGGUGAUCCGUCAGGCAACUACGAGAACAAGCAACUGGACUUAGCGGGUUACAGGCCCGAAUCCGUGACUGUGAGGGUGCGCGAAGGCGUUGUUUCGGUGACGGCUAGUGAGAGUGAGACGACGUCCGUCGUCGAAAACAAGGCCAUCAAGUGCUGGAAGAAGCUGGAGCGCAAGUUCACACUUCCUGAGGGCGUCUCUCCGGAUGCGAUCUGCACGAAGUUCACGGUAGAUGGCCGCCUGAUUAUAUCGGUGUUACCAUCACGCUUUCCACAAAAAGAAAUUGCCGCUGAGGAGGAUGACAGUUCAUCGUUGGCGAACACGUGGAACGCUUCAGAUUUAACAGACGUCGAGACAGAUGGCUCGAAAAGUUCAAUUGUGGACAGGUAAAUUGUUCUUAUCGUUAGUUGUACCGGCGCGUUACUGCACCCUGCCUGGCUACCCGGUGUUUUUGGUGGAUGAUCAGCUAAAGACAUCUAUCGACAGUGAAUAAGGUGGUGUUGACAGUUUAGCCAACGAGCAGACCUGUGGUGCGUGGGACGCAUCCGAACAUCUCAAGAAGAAUGACGUGAAGGGUUGUUUGUCGAAAAACAGUAGACUGGACCCGUGCUGUACAAAUCUCGUGCGACUGCAGAUGCUCGGGUAUAUAACUAAGUUGACAGCAUUGUGCAAUCUGAGUGUACGUCAACCAUAUAUAGAUACAUAUAUAGGCUGUGCUCCAAACGAACAAUUAUCUGCUGUAGCAAUUUUUCUGCUUCCGUGCAUGUACACAUUGUAUUAGAGGAAAAGUAUGGGUGGGCAUGAUAACUUUCUUCUUGAUAAUCUGGCCUGUAAAUCGUGUCAUUGUUGUGUUCUAGGAUGUGACGUUGUGCCAAAUAAGUGCUUCUGUGGACAGUAGGCAUGUGCAUGAUUCGGUGAAUACCAGUACGUUGCACGCGUUAUGAUGAAAUUACAUGUCAGUGACAUGUAAUUUGACAUGUGAUCUGACGUGUGUAUAUAUUAAACCUAAUUUUGGUUCAGUACGCCUAACAGACAUAAAUGAAUAUUUGCUCUCCUGAA